AUGGCGCACUCGAUGAAACUUUCCUUUUCCGCAUUUCACCAUGCUAAACCAGUGCACGACUCGGCGGAAAAAAAAAUAAAUCCACUAAGAGGUUAUAAAAAAAAGACGGCAAACUACAAGAAAAGGUCCAUUGGGCCUUUUCUUUUUAUUUCGACCGCUCGGAGUGGUUCCGUUCUACGCAGUACUCUACAGACCGCCAUUUUGGGUGGCAUAGAGGAUCAGAAGGCAGCAAUCGUGAAGGAAUGGUUAUUUUUACGCCAUCUUGGUAAUAUUGACAGCUCGGACAGACACGUGACUCGGCUUAGAGACGACCAUCAAUCGCUGUAUCGCAUCUUCGGCCACCUUAGUGGACUCGGAGACAUUUCCGGCCGGAACGAUAAUCCGGAGCCAAAUCGUCGUACCGAAUUCAGCCAGCCAACCCUCACGAGGCCACCAUUCCGGCCAGCCGCCGGACGCACGAAGCCGCUCAAGGGAGCCAAGUCGUCCUUCUCGCAUCGAAUACCUCCAGCCAACCCACACGUGGCCACCAUUCCGACCAGCCGCCGGACGCUCGAAGCAGCUCAAGGGAGCCAAGCCGUCCCGUGCCAAAAUCAUCCAGCCACAAACCACCCGUGGCCAUUCCGGAUCAACCGAUCGCCUGGUGAUCAUCCGUCCAUCGCCAUACCAGCCGGCCGUCGGACGUCCAAAGCCGCUCAAGGGAGCCAAUGCAUUGGGAGCUGCUGGACUCAUCGGUCCCAAACGCCGGAUGGAACUACCGCCGAAGAACAUCGACCAAACGAGGGCCCUCCAACGACGUCAUCGAAAGCUAGCCAACGUGAACAGCUGUAAUCAAACCGCAAGUACACCUAAAAAUGUCAUUCCACCUCUCUUUUGAUUAUUCCUCUGCGAGGGUCAAUAAAUAGGAUGUAAGCAAUGUAAUUGGUA